AUACAACAACGAAUGAUGGGACUCACUUUUCAAUCCCUUGUGGUGCAUCCACAUCAGAGGUUAAGUAGGAAGUAGAAGAAUUUGGAGUUGGAAUUAAUAAACUAUUUACUUAAUUGAAAUAUAUUAUCUCUCAGUAAGUGGUUCACUGUAGCUAGGCUGUUGCCGUGGAAAAGAUGGUUGUGCCUUCCUUUUAAUUAGUGUAUACGCCAGUUGGAGCUAUAGAGGUCUUCAGGUCAGCUCCAUUUUCUGCUUUAUUUGUUGCUCUGUUCUCUCUCUGUCAAUAUUUAAGGUUUGCUGGAUUUUAUUUUUCAAUUUCGAAACAAUUAUUGAAACAGCAGUGUGGUUUUCUGUUCUUCUACUUGCUUUCCUCUCAGAAUCUCUUUUACUUUUUAUUCCUAUUUUUAUUUACAGCUCUUGUAUUUAUCAUCUUUCUAACUUUCUUCCCUAUUAUUUAAAAUGCUCUUUUCCUUAUUACCCUAUGUUUAUUUGCAGUUAAAAGUGGAAAAUUUUAUGAUUGCCUGCAUUAUGAUGUCAAUUCAUCAAGAUUUAGCAGAUUAGGAGAUAUGGAAACUGAUUGCUUUGUGAACUUAUUCAUUUCACCUUUUCAGUUAUGCUCUAAUAUAUAUAUCUUUUAAUGUUGCAGUUCAUUUUGUUUUUUCCACUAACAAUUAGCAGAACAAUUCGACAACACUGUUACCCAGGCUGAAAGAUUGAUUGCCAAAGCAGACCAGAUCUGCAAGAGAGCCAAGAGUAGAGGUUCUGUAGUGGAAAAGAGGAAGUGUUGAGUUUCUUUUUUGUUUUUUCCACAAAAUUGUUAGCCUCCACCUGCCAUGGCUGCCAUAGCAUUUACACCCCAGGUUCAAAGACCUCCCCUGCCCUUCUUUUCCACACCCAAAUCCCCAAAACCCAAAACCAGAGUCUCCCUCCAAUCUCCUCUUUCAACUUCACAGCUUGUCUAUGACCCCUUCGUUCACCAACUUGCUGAGUCCCUCGACGACUCACUCCCCUCUUCCUCUUCUUCUUCAUCACCUCUCCAAAACCUCAGAGACUCUUCUGUUCAGACCGUCCUCUCAACCCCAUGGCCUACGCGCAAAGAUGAGCCCUUUCGCUUCACAGACACCUCCUUCAUCAAAAGAUCUCAAAUCACGCCCAUCUCUCGACCACCCAGCUUUGAUAAUAGGCAGGAAGAUACCCAGUUCCCCAAUUUGGAUAUUGUUGAUGGUUUCCUUAUAAAUUCGACAUAUAUAAGCGAAUUGCCGGACGGGGUUUAUGUGGGUAGCUUGCUGGAGCUUUCUGAUGAGACUAUUAUAAAAAGGGUGUCCGAGUUUCUGUCCAGUAGUGCUCAGGGGGACUUGUUUUGGUCCAUUAAUGGUAUUGGAGCGCCAGAUUUGACUAUUGUUUAUGUUCCAGCUGGGUGCAGGUUAGAUAAUCCUAUAUGCUUGCGCUACUUUGCCAAUGAAGGUGGUGACAUUGGGUCACAUAAUCUGCCCUUAUCGAAUCCGAGGGUGCUUGUGUUGGUGGAAGAGGGAGGGGAGGUUGGUGUGGUGGAGGAGUUUGUGGGUGGGAAUGGGGACAAGUCUUAUUGGGUGAACUCUGUUUUAGAAGUUGGUGUUGGAGUAGGAGGGAAAGUCAAGCAUUCUUAUGUUCAGAACCAGUCUCUAAAUGCUGCCCACAUCAAGUGGACUUCGGUUCGCCAGGAAUCAGCCAGUACAUAUGAGCUUGUUGAAGUAAGCACUGGUGGAAAAUUAAGCAGACACAAUCUCCAUGUUCAGCAACUGGGACCUGAUACAGUCACCGAGUUAUCCACCCUGCACUUGUCUGCCGGUGAUCAAACACAAGACCUACACAGUAGCAUAGUCCUUGACCAUCCACGAGGUUAUUCCAGGCAACUUCAUAAGUGCAUCGUGUCACAUUCAGAUGGUAAAGCCGUCUUUGAUGGGAACGUAAAGGUCAACAGAUCUGCACAGCAAACAGAUGGCGGGCAACUAACAAGAAGUCUUCUUCUUGCACCUCGUGCAACUGUGAAUGUUAAACCAAAUCUGCAGAUCAUUGCUGAUGAUGUCAAGUGUUCCCAUGGAGCUGCAAUUAGUGACCUAGAAGAAACACAGCUCUUCUAUUUCCUGGCACGCGGGAUCAGUUUAGAGGCAGCAAGGAAGGCUCUUGUCUAUUCCUUUGGUGCUGAGGUGAUAGAAGGAUUACCUUAUCCUUGGAUAAAGUCGAAGGUAGAAAGUCAAAUUAAAGAAAAGUUGAAAGAAUCCUCAUAAUUGAGACAUAUUAGAUCAUUCGUUAUAACAAAUGUAAUUGUUACUCAAAUUCAAUCAAAUUUUGAUGUUGUAUGAAAUUCUGGGAGGCUUGAAUGCUCCAAUUGUAUCCCAAGCAAUGUUUACCAAACCCGCUUUCUUAUGCAACAUGGAAUUUUCCACUUAUGCUGGGUUUCUUUCAUUGCUAUUACUCGGGCUAUGUUUUGCUCCACAGUUGUGGAAAAUAUAUCAUAAAAUUUUCCUUCUCCUCU